AUGGCGAUUUUCAAAGUCACACGGCACGAUAAACCAUCUUUGAAAAAACUUGUAAAAGCGGAGACGGUCACUGAGCUCAUCGAUGCUGCGAAAACAAAAUUGUCAUUGACGGACACCACAUACAAGAUCUUCAUGGAGGACCUGACCGAGAUAGAUGAUGAUGAAAUACUGCAAGAAUUGGCUUCAACUAGUAAAGAACAGUUGAUGUUAAUUCUUGUCCCUGAUGGGAUUGAUUGGGAUGGCAGCAUAAUGACAAAAAACAAACCGGAUGUAUCUGAUGGUAAAAAUUACAGAAAAUCCAGAGAGGAUUCCUCAGCCAGGUCAAUCAUCAUCACGUCAAUCUUCCGAUUUAGACAAUAUUUAUUGUAAAUUGUCAUCU